CUAUAACUGCCUCACAGUAUUAGACUGGCAGGAGGGAUAUCAGUGACCGACACCGGUCUCCCCAUCAUGGUCUCUCUGGCCAACACAGCUGUCACCUUUAGCUGCAGAAUCAACCAUCAGGACAUGCCAGAAUUCAAGGACUUCACUGUUAGCCUCUUUCAUGAAGAUCUCCAUGGCAAGAGAAGCUUAAAGAAGCCAAUUUACUGCCAACACAGUCCUGGUGCAGAGAACCACACCCUGGAUUGUGUGGUUAAACUCAGUCUGCCAAAUGCAUCAGCCACAGGCACUUACUAUUGCUUAGUCCAAGAGCCCAUCUCAGUGCAGGGCAGUGGCACCUUCAUUCUGGUCAGAGACAGAGCAUACCAGCCACCUUCAUUCAAGCUCCAGGAGGACCUACUGUUUGGCUUUACUGGUUUGCUGUGUAUCCUGAGUGUGCUGGGCACAGCUUUACUGCUUUGGAAGAAGAAACAGAUGUCAGUUCUGGGCAAGCACAUCACCAGGACAUGCCUUGGUCCCAAAUCCACCAGCAGAACCAACAAGCCUCCAGCAGAAUCCAUCUACACAGACCUGCAGCGUCGAGAGACAGAGGUCUAUGCCUGCAUCGAGGCAGAGACUGCCAGCUCUGUCUCCAGCCAAAGUCUUCCCUCCAAGGACAAACUGAAUAGGUUUGAGGAAGACAAUGAAUUUAACCUCGUCUAUGAAAAUCUCUAG